GGUGCAAAAGGAUGGCAGCCGAAUUUCUUAUGCAGGAGGGUCUUCUUUACCCUCAACCAAAAUUUGGAACCGUUUUCCUAGUGAAAGAACUUGAUGACGAAACCACAACUGAAAAGAACAAAAUCGAUGGUGUUGAAGAGUUAAAAACUCUUAUAAAGCAAACAUGGCUGGACAAUAAAGGAGAAACGCAAAAGUUUAAUGUUGUUGUCGGUUUUGAUCCUGCAGUAUGGGAAGAAGUGAACAAAGGUAUUACUGGCUGGCAAAAAUCUGUUGGAAAAUUAGAGCAGAGAGAGAAGUCGCAUUUCAUUUUACCUCAAAGUCAAAAAUUUAUUAAUGGAAAUGGAGUUUGCUGCAUUGUUGUUCGCACAAGCCGCGGAUUAGACAAAAAUUUUGCUAGAAAAGUCAAAAAAUUUCACGACGCCCUAACCGAUAUUACGUCAAGAAACCAGCUAGCCCUGCGUGUGCAAAAAUGCGAUUCAAAAGAUGUUAUUAGUGGUGUUUAUGUGGAUGGGCUAGCUAACAAGACAGAUCCCAACAUAUUACAGGAAUCUACUGCAUGUAUUGGAGGAGUAAAUGGCUACCCUGGUGGCAGCUACAUGCUGCAGCAGAAGUUCGAAUUUACUUGGGACAUCUUGGGGCAAAAAAACGCUUCUGAUAUUGCGCGUAUGAUUGGUCGGCAAAGAGAUAACACAAUCUUGCUUGGAAAAUCUGCACGAGCUCACAUUGUGUGUGCUCAUGUGACUGAAAAGUCACUCAAUGCUCGUUCAUGUUUCAAGUUGCAUCGAAUAUCAAUGCCUUAUACAGGACAGCAAGAGAAGACAUUGGAAUUUGGAGGAGCUAACAAGGAGGAUGGUAUAUUUUAUAUGUCUGUUGGUAAAUCAAUUACUUAUAUCAAGAAAAUUUUGGAAAAUAUAUCAGGCCCUAAAGAAUCGGUCACUAAUGAUCUACUGAUAUCUACCAUAAAUCCUUUGGAUGGUGCAUUUUAUUACAUUCCUGCUAUGAAAGAAUUUGACAGCGAUUUAUCAAUUGGAAGGUACCCUGAUCAUCAGUUACUGCUAAGACAUUGGAACGUGAAACCAAAGAACAAUAAUUACUUGUUUUAUAAUCACAAGGAAUACCUUAACAGAAUGGGAAAAGCGAAAGAUAUUACUUCUGAUUACGUUCCUUAUCCCGACCCACUGUCAGAUAGGGUGUUGAUUCUUGUGAAAUCAAUGUUUGAACAAUGGGAGACGACAUGGUUCAAGAAAAAAGUAUGUGAGCCAAUACCACAUUUAGAGGAUUUCAUAAAGGAAAAAGACUCUACCCUUGGUAUAUCUGGGAUCGUUUCGGAAUCGUUGGUGUUACGCAGGGCAUGGGCGGUAAGGUUGACCCUCGAGCAUGUGUUCACCACAAGCGAUUUCACGGAGUCCAAACUAAAGAAUCAUUAUGGUCAGGUUAAUGACUUGUUUCAAAUCCAUCCAAAGGAACUGAUUGCUGGAAAGAUGCCUGCUUUUGGUUUAGGAAUUGGACAAAUUGCUAUGCCGUACUUUAAAAAGGAUAUAUCUGCAAAAGAAAUGUCUGCCGAAAACAUCAUGGCGUAUUCAGCAAAGCUAAAUGAAGCAUCCGGUUAUGGACACGUUGUUCCAGGUUAUCAACGGAUUCUCCAAAAAGGCGUUCCAGGAUUUUUAAAGGAACUUGAAUCCAUGAUAGAAAAAGCUGUUCAAGAUGGACAGGUGGAAAAGAAGAAAUACCUUCAAAGUUGCAGCAUUGCAUUUACUGGUGUACAAAAGUACAUCGAAAAUUAUGGUCUUUUGGCAGAGCAUUUAGCUAAAGAAGGCCAAAGUAGCAAUAUACAAUUUGUGUUGCUAAAGUGUGACGUCAAUAAUAUGUCAGAGAUGGCUACUCGUCUGAAAUAUUUGGCCCGUGGUAACAGUGAAAAUCCAACAGGAAGACCAACUAAUUUUCAUGAAGCUGUCCAACUUCUCUUCAUCCUACAUGCUUGUCAACAUUUGUGCACAGAACCUGUGUCCAUAGGACGACUAGAUGUCAUGCUUGAAGAAUUCUAUGACUUAAAAGAUGAAAGAGAUAAAGAGAAAUACCAAGAUAUCAUUGAUGCAUUUUGGAUAAAAGUUGGAGAACGGGCGCAGAUUAACAGAGAAACAAGAUUAGAUCUCUAUACAGCAGGUACGAUUGCUGUGCCUUAUAGAAGCGACGGGAGAUUUCCGAGAGGAGACGGAGGAAACCAGUGGGUUCAGCAAGCUACUGUAGGGGGCUACACAGCAGAUAAGAAUGGAAAUAAGAUAGCACCUUCUAUAAAAAGAAUAGAAAUAGCAAAACUGUGUUUAAAAGCGGCUCGGCGGUUACCAUUAAAUGCACCUUGCUUGUCAUUAAGAAUGCACAGUGGAAUGGAUACAGACGUUUUGAAAGAGGCAACCAAAACCAUUUUAAGCGGAGGAGCACAUCCUAUCCUUCCACAUGAUGACCGAAUAAUACCAGCACUGGUUUCUACUGGCAUAUCACUAAAAGACGCCAUUAGCUAUUCUAGUGACGGAUGCUACGAACCAAUCAUACCUGGAAAGUCCGAGUUUUCAUUCUGUUAUGUACCUCUUCUUGCGGUUUUGGAAAUGACUUUGAACCGUGGUGCUACGAUGGUCGACGCUGGUCCUGCAGGGAUGAGAGGGUACACUAUAUCAAGGGAAUUGAGACCAGGAUCUGAUCAAAUUAGGAGUCUGGAUGAUAUCAAGGACCAAUUUGGCAAGCAUCUUCGAUUGCAAAUUCAUGAUGCGUUGACUGGCUUGCUCAGCAAUUAUGGUAAUAUCUACAAGGCGUAUUCUUCUCAAUUGCUAUCUUGUUUGAUAGAUGGAUGUUUAGAAGAUGGAAAAGAUAUCUAUAAUGGCGGUGCUGCUAUUAAAAUCAUUGCCUGUAUGUUAAUUUCUUUUAGCAAUACAGUCAAUUCGCUUUAUGCCAUCCAAGAAAUCUGUUUUGGUGAGAAAUCAUUAAUCACACUCGACUCCCUUGUGAGAGCACUAAAGUCAGAUUGGGGGUAUGAUUUACAAGAACCUCUUCAAGAUCCCAUGGAUGGGGAGUUAAGUCAUUCAAUUAAAGCCGAAAAUAUGAAGUUAGCACGGGAGUUUGUUCUUAAUUUACCAAAACUUGGAAUGAAUGACGACGAAAAAUCUUCUGAUAAAACAUACUUGUCCAGUUAUCGACCACAAAAGUUGAAGAAUAUUGCAGAAUGGCUUUCAAACGAAUGUGUGGAAGCCUUCAAAGAUGUUACCACGUCGGAUAAAUACCCCUUAUACGAUCUCAUGAAGAAUCUGAAUGAAAAGUAUGGCAGAACCAAAAACCCUGCUGAUUUUAUUAGAUUUAUGCUCGGAUCUGGAACAUUUGAGGGUUAUAUUGGAUGGGGUUUAGGGUUAGCUGCAUCAGCUGACGGCAGAAGAAAAGGCCAGCCUAUAGCUUCAGACAUGAGUCCAGCGCCAAUCCCGCAAGAUCUUCCUGACACUCCACGAAACGAUCAAGACAUUUAUGAUUUGAUGAAAUAUUGGGAUAUCGAAGCAAUCAAAACAGGAUAUCCAAAUGGUGCAGAAGUUGAUUUGGUCAUAGAUGAAGACACUAAAGAAGACAAUUUACUUGAAUUUUUGACUAACUACGCGAAUGCGGACGUAGUGGGAAACAAGAAAGCAAUUGGUGCAAAUCUUAUAACACUAACAUGUACCAAUCAGUCGACAUAUAGAGCAGCCAUGAUAAAUCCAGAACAAUAUGAUCUUAUCCGUGUUCGAACUGGAGGCUGGACAGAGUUUUUUGUUUCAUUUUAUUCAGCACAUCAGCUUCAACACUUACGACGGACUUAUGCGAUAGUAAAUCCCGCGAAAUCGAAAUCUGAAAUCGAGGCAGAGGAAGCUGAAGACGACGAGUGAGAAAGAAGAGUACAGAAGAAAAAAGGACUAAUUAAUUUUACUUUCCAAAAGGCGGACAGCUCCAAGUUGGCAAUUACUUUUUUUGCACCAAUAAUGUCCGCUAUUUGGAGACAAUAAUGUAUAACAAAUUGAUUGACCACGUGAUUAGAGCCUAAUGGUUUUUUUCAACACUUUUUAAAACUGUUGUUUUAAAUCCUCAAAUUCUCGAAUAAUGAUGAAGGGAUCACUUAACCAUGAUAAACUUAGUGUUACUCACAUUUAGUUUUACGUUUUUUUGUAGAGGGCUCGAAAUAUAUAAAUGUUAGAAUAUCCGAUUAAUAUCAUUAUUACCCUAACUCUCCUCUGGAUUUAUUAUCGCCCCUCUGGAUUCUUCGCCGCCUUUCUGGGUUGUGUUUGUAACAACCUUCGCCUGAUCAAGCCAUGGUAAUGGUGAUGUCGAUAAAUUUAAAAGUUUACUCACUGGGCACGUUGAAACUAUUGUUGAACUUACUUUAACUAUUAAUUUUUGUAAGUGUUUAUUUUCGCGCUUUUCUCAGAU